UGCCAGCGCAGACCGCCCAACGCACGCGGGUUCCACCGCGAAGGUUGUUUCGGCAAGGUGUCGGCCUUCGUCAGCAGCAACAUGUUCUACGUUGCCACGGCUGCCUUGGGGCUGGCUCUGCUGCAGCUCAUCGGCAUCGUGCUGGCCUGCCUGCUGGCUGCCCGCCUUCCUGCCCACCUGCUGGGCAUCACUACCCCUCGCUGA